AGAGCCCUGCCUUCAGCGGGCGUCAUUGAGCAUGUCCCGAUCGAUCGCGCAUGCGCCGUGACGGCGGCGCGGCCACUCCGGACGGUGGCCGAGCGCGGGCAGCGCGGACCCCAGGUGUUUUGCCGGGCGGGCCCGGCACCAUGGCGCAGCAGGGCGGGCUCAGCAUGAAGGAGCGGAGAUACGACCGGCAGCUCAGGUUGUGGGGUGAUCAUGGACAAGAAGCUUUAGAAGCUGCUCAUGUUUGUGUGAUAAAUGCAACAGCCACAGGAACUGAAAUCCUCAAAAAUUUAGUACUACCAGGUAUUGGCUCAUUUACGAUUGUUGAUGGGAAUCAAGUCACCGGAGAAGAUGUCGGAAAUAAUUUCUUUCUACAAAGAAGCAAUAUUGGCCAGAACCGAGCCCAAAGUGCCACAGAGCUCUUACAAGAAUUAAAUAAUGAUGUUUCAGGAAAUUUUGUGGAAGAGAGUCCGGACAAACUUCUAGACAAUGAUCCUUCAUUUUUCUGUCGGUUUAAUUUAGUGGUUGCAACCCAGUUACCAGAAAGUAUAUUGGUGCGUUUAGCUGAAAUUCUCUGGAAUGCUAACAUCCCUCUGUUAGUCUGUAGGACUUAUGGACUAGUUGGCUAUAUGAGAAUUAUUAUUAAGGAACAUCCAGUCGUGGAAUCUCAUCCAGACAAUGCAUUAGAAGAUCUGAGACUGGACAACCCAUUUCCAGAGCUGAGGGAACAUAUGCAGUCUUAUGACUUGGAUCAUAUGGAAAAAAAGGACCAUAGUCACACUCCAUGGAUUGUGAUUGUAGCAAAGUAUUUAGCAAAAUGGUACAGUGAGAAAAGUGAGCAGAUACCUAGGAAUUACAAAGAAAAGGAAGCCUUCAGAGAGCUGAUUAGACAAGGAAUCUUAAAGAAUGAAAAUGGGAUCCCAGAAGAUGAAGAGAACUUUGAAGAAGCUAUAAAAAAUGUAAACACAGCACUAAAUGUUACUAAGAUUCCAAGUUGUAUUGAGGACAUUUUUAAUGAUGAUCGUUGCAUCAAUCUCACACAGCAGACGCCUUCCUUUUGGAUUUUAGCUCGAGCUGUAAAAGAAUUUGUAGCAAAAGAGGGGCAAGGAAAUUUACCUGUUCGGGGCACUAUUCCUGAUAUGAUAGCAGAUUCGGGUAAAUUUAUCAAAUUGCAAAAUGUAUACCGUGAAAAAGCAAAGAAAGAUGCUGCUGCUGUGGGUAACCAUGCUGGUAAAUUGUUACAGUCAAUAGGCAAGGCACCAGAGUCAAUUUCACAGAAAGAGUUAAAAUUGCUUUGCAGCAACUCAGCGUUCCUUCGAGUAGUGCGGUGUAGAUCCCUGUCUGAAGAGUAUGGUUUAAAUACAUUUAACAAGGAUGAAAUUAUUUUCCCUGGCAGAUAUUUUCUCUUCAGCAGCCAUGUAAGUAAAACAUUCAUCGUCUUCAAGGUGUUAUAGUCUUUAAAUUAUAUUCUCUCCUGUCUGACUUAAGUUUUUUGUAACAGGAGCUAGAAAGGUUCUUCCUCAUUAGCAAAUACUUAUUUAUCUUUUUUUAGCUACUGACAGUUGUUGUAUUUUGUGAAUAAAUUGUGGCAAAGUAUCAUCUAAUAAAAAUUAGGCACAUAACUGCUACAGACUUUUCAAACAUACAUAACUCCAAAUUCCGAGGUAAAUACUAAAAGGGAAACAGCAGGUUUAGUGUGUGUCUUUUCAGUCUUGUCUUAUAAUGUUUUGGACAAAAGAAUUGUUUUGUUUAUCGCAUUCACAAAGUACAUAAGUAAAAUUCCUUGAACUGGUUCAUAUUAUGUUGGGUACAAUAAUUCAGGAACUUGUUUAAUUUUACAUUUAAAAAGUUUAAUAUGCAUUGUCCAUACAUCAUUUUUUGUGCCUAUCUUAAGCAGACUUCCAUUUAUUAUAUAAUUAUUGCCCUUAGUGUUUCUUCUGUAAAUAUACAUUAUAAAUAGGCUUGGCAGGAUUAGAUUUGUGUGGGUAAACACUGAUUUCAAAAAUGAAAAUGAACCAAAAAAAUAGUCCCAUUGAUUGAUUUAAAAAUCAAAAUUUACGGUUAAGCAGAUAAGAAAAAUCUUGAAGUAAGAGUUUGACUUAAGGAUAUUUACUUUCUGUAUUUUGAUGUAAUGUUGACAAUUUGUGUUUUAAUGGUUAUAAAGUUUAACUUUUUGACUCUCAAUGCUUACUGUCAUGAAAAUAAUUGUCCGACCUCCCCCCCAUAAUUUCCUGUAACUGUGUACAUUUAAAUCAACACAAAUAUUUUAUCGAUCACAAUUAUAAAAAAAUAAAGUUCUGCCAAGUGUAAUUAUGAAACUCAAAUUGUGACUCGACAUAAAUAUCACAACCAAGCAAUUGUUGGCAUUGGUGGAGUUGAAGUAGGAACAGGUGGACAGCUCCAAACUGAGAUGAUAUAAAAAAGUAUGGGUACAUAACAUUUAGUAUACUUCGUCACUUACAUAUCUAAACAAUCCAUCACUAAGGGUAUGGCUACACUGGCGAUUUGCAGCGCUGG